AUCGCUAAGUGCUCAUGGCCAUGGACUAUUUCACUAAGUGGCCGGAGGCGUAUGCGGUGCCAGAUCAGAGCGCCCACACGACAGCGGACAGACUGGUCACUGAGAUGUUCUGCCGGUUCGGGGCACCGGAAGAGCUCCACAGCGACCAAGGGCGGAAUUUCGAGGCAGAGGUGUUUGCUGAGGUUUGCCAGCGCAUGGGCAUCCGGAAAACGAGAACGACACCUCUGCAUCCACAAAGCGACGGGCUGGUGGAACGGUUUAAUCGGACUCUAGCAGUGCAGCUGGCCAUAUUGGCCGACCGCCAACAAAAGGACUGGGACUUACACUUGCCCCUGGUGCUCUGGGCAUAUCGCACAGCGGUGCAAGAGUCAACGAAAUGCACACCGGCAGCUCUGAUGUUCGGGCGAGAGCUACGCACGCCAGUGGACUUGGUGUUCGGUUCGCCUCCGGAAACGGAGAUUGGAGGUAAGCCAGGGCUGGAAUACUACAAGCAGCUACUCGAGAGACUGAAAGGAGUACACGAGUUGGCCAGAAAGAAAGGCAUUUCCCCGAAACUUACUAGCCAGUGGGUCGGACCGUGCGAUGUCUUAGAGAAGCUGUUUGAUGUGGUCUAUCGUGUGAGACUGAUUAAGCGUCGGAGAGUUGUGGCUCUCCACCGUGAUCGACUGGCCCCGUAUCGACCCCUGGCCUCAGCUGAGGGUCGUGGAGACUUUGACACUGACUCUGUGGAACUUGGUGACAAUGGAGCUGUGGCUCUAACACCGGUCACCGUGCAGCCUUCACCGGAAGUCACCGCCGUGACAGCGGGGCGCCCACAACGCCUGCGUUGCGUCCCAGCCAGGCUCACGGACUGA